AUGCAAUUCGCAUUGCCUCCGCGAAAGAACCAACACACUCUCCCCGGUGCCCGUUCCUCUCGGUUACCGCUAUAUCGCAGGAAGCAGCUCAAGACCGUCGCUGUUUUCGCGGUCGCCGUGUUCUCGAUCUUCUAUCUUCUUACACACCUCUACUCGAGCUCGUCUUCUGCGGCGCCGGCUGGUACGGCAGGUGUGGUCAUUGUGACAUUGUUGGAUCGCGAAAGUUUCAGUGAGAGCUAUAUCAACAAGAUCAUCACCAAUCGUGAGGAUUAUGCGAAGCGACAUGGCUAUACCAAUUUCUUUGCAUCUGUAUCUGAAUAUGACGAAGCCGUCGGCGACCAACCCAGAAGCUGGGCUUUGGUACCAGCUGUCCGCCACGCGAUGGCUACUCACCCUAAUGCUGCAUACUUCUUCCAUCUAAACCAAAAUGCCCUUAUCAUGAAUCCGACGAAAUCCCUCAAAUCUCACCUUUUGGAACGAAGCAAGCUCGAAUCGAUAAUCAUGAAGGAUGUUCCCAUCGUCCCGCCCGAUAGUAUUAUCAGGACAUUCUCGCAUCUGAAAGAGAAGGAUAUCGACUUCAUCACCACGCAAGAUGGCGAAGACCUAAGUCCCAGUAGCUUCGUGCUAAAGAAUGGGGACUUUGCGCGCUUUUUCUUGGAUCUGUGGUUUGAUCCGCUGUUUCGAAAUUAUAACUUUGCAAAGGCGGAGGUUCAUGGAUUGGAUCAUAUCAUGCAGUGGCACCCGACUGUGCUAGCUCGGACGGCCAUUGUUCCCCAGCGUGUCCUGAAUGCGUACAGCAAGGAUUCAUAUGGUGCUGGUCCGGAUGGUACCUAUACCGACGGUGACUUUAUUAUUCGAUUCCCGGGAUGUGAUAAGGCUCAGGCCAAGGGGUGUGUCGAAAUGGAAUCAUAUUACAUGCUGUGGCAGAGAAAGAUAAAGAGUGUCUAA